UACCGUUUCCAAGGAGCUGCAGGAACAAAAAUGCCAACCAUUUGUCCACCAAUUAAUAGGUGUGGGACUCAUGGCCAAGGCUGGCUUAAUGGUGUUCAUCCCACAGUGGCUGAGGGUCAAGUUACCAGGCAGGUCUGCUUUCACUGGUCAUCAAACUGUUGUUAUUGGUCCACCAGCAUCCAAGUGAGAAACUGUGGCUCUUAUUAUGUAUAUAAUCUCUCUGGUACACCGUCUUGUUAUUCACGUUAUUAUAUUAAUGAAUGCAGCAAUGGAAACCAUGUCUGUGACGUGAAUGCGAACUGUACCAACACUAGGGGCUCUCACGAUUGCACCUGUAAGAAAGGAUACGUUGGAAAUGGGACAUCGUGCCAAGCUGAGGAGUGUCUAAGCUACUCAAGUCUGACCAGUGCCAACCGUAAAUCCACAAUCCCUAAAGCUGGGUCUGCUUUGUGCGACAAUUCAAUCUCUCAUGGUUGGUAUCGUUUCCAAGGAGCUGCAGGAACAAAAAUGCCAACCACUUGUCCACCUACUCAUAGCUGUAUGGCUGAUAUCACAAGCUGGUUAAAUGGUGUUCAUUCCACAGUGGCCGAAGGUCAGGUUACCAGGAAGGUCUGCUUUCACUGGUCUUCAAAUUGUUGUAAAUGGUCCACCAGCAUCAAAGUGAGAAAUUGUGGCUCCUAUUACGUAUAUUACUUCUCUGCUGUACCUGUGUGUAAUGCCCGCUACUGUAGCACAGACUAGCUGUCUCAUAUAUUCUGUAUAUUACUGCUAAGGUCUUAGAGUUUCUUAUUUCCUUGGCUG